GACAGGACUACAUAGAGAAACCUUGUCUCAGAAAAACAAUCCAAAACAAAAAAGUGGGAUAGGAGGCAGGGAGUUGCCUUGGGAGUAGGUACUAUCUACAUGGGAAGGCUACAGAACAGUGAAAAUACAAUGGAGUAAAAAAUGUGUUUGAGUGACAUCAAGCACAAGGCAGGGUUUUUUUUUUCAAUUAGUGCUUGUGGCAGGGCUCCUCUCUGGAGUCUUUUCCUGCUUCUGUUCUUCAGUGUUGGUUGUUGGGGUUAGGUACCCCUCUGUAGAACCCUGCAUUGUCCCUUCUGAUUGACUGUGCAGAAGACAAUGGGAGGUCCACUAGUGGGAGCUCACCUAUGGUGGUCUAUAAGAGGAGUAGGUGGCCAGGUUUUUAGGGGCUGUUAAGGGUGGAGGGACCCUUGAGUCCUGAUGGGCACCUUAUCAGCAAGUGCCAGACAAGAACAGACCUUGGGUGAGCCCUGUUAUCAGUCCCAGAGUCCACAGGACACACUUGGAUUAAUGUGUAACCUUACAAGGCUUCCCCUCUGCCCUCUGAAGUCACUGGUUCCUAAAUAGACACCAUUCAACAUGGAUGCUAGAAAAGAGGGGCUGCUUCUGAAGACACUCUUCUCAGACCAAGUGAGAACCUAUGCGGUGGGUUCAGGCCUGGGAAUGUGGGCAGCCCUAAGGCCUGGGAUUAUUCUCUGCGUGCACCCACAGGUCCGCAGGUGGCUGGUCCCCUUCAUCCUUGCCUGCUCCUUCUACUUCCUCCUCUGGAUUCCUGAGGACCAACCGUCCUGGGUCAGUGCCCUGGUCAAGUGCCUGCCCAUCCUCUGCCUGGUUGUGUUCCUGUGGGCUGUGACCCCUGGUAGGAGCUCCUCCUGGCUCCUCCAAGGAGCUCUUGUGUGUUCUGCUGUGGGCGAUGCCUGUCUCAUCUGGCCUGAAGCUUUCCUUUAUGGCAUGGCUGCCUUCUCUGCUGCCCACUUAUUCUACCUCCGGGCCUUUGGCCUGUCCCCUCUGCAGCCCGGAUUGCUGCUGUACAUCAUGUUGGCCUCUCUCAUAUACUACAGCUUCCUCUUGCCACACCUUGAGCCGGACAUGGUCCUUCCUGUGUUGGCCUAUGGGCUGAUCCUGAGCUCCAUGCUGUGGCGCAGCCUUGUCAGGGGUGGGAGUGCUGGCUGGGGUGGUGUGCUCUUCACAAUCUCCGAUGGUGUGCUGGCCUGGAACGCUUUCAUUUGUUCCUUACCUUUUGCUCGUCAUGUGAUCAUGACCACCUACUAUGCAGCCCAGCUCCUUCUCAUCCUGUCAGGCCCCAGGAACCCAGGGCUCAAAACCCACUAAUGCAGAACCCAGACAACCCAGUGUUCCCUCCUAUAAGGACCUUGGUUUUUCACGUUAACCCAACCUGCAAGUGGAUGCUCCCGUCAUGUGUCUGCAGAUACUUACUUGGCCAUCGAAACAUCUGUAUACUGUUGACAGAAUUUCAAAUCAACCAAGAUCAAGCUGCCGUCCAUGGCUUUUGAUUGUGAAUUCCAGGCCCUCAACUCAACCUACAUCAUGUCUUCUCCCCAUGCCUGCUUCCUUUCCCCAAUCAGCCACCUGUCCCUUCACACUGCUCCAAAUCUGGUUCUAGCUGCUUAAGUAAAAUGAAUGUUGGAACAACAGUGUCAUCCUUAUUUGGGAGGGAUGCAUAGGGAUGAUGACAGUUCAUAACAGCAAACUUGGUUUUUGUUUAUUUUAAAACGUAUUAGGGUGUGAGUGGGAAUACA